AUGAAGAUCACCGCUUUUUUGUUUGCCAUCUUCAUAUCUUUCGGCAUAGUCCCCAUGGCUGUAGCCAUUGAAGAAUUUCGCUACGACCCCCCACCUGAGGACGUCGCUGCUUACCAAGCUCUGGAUACUGGAAUUCUUGCUCUCCGUGACGACGAUUCCACUGUGGAGGAGAAGCUAACGCCGGACCCCGAGUUGAGGGACAUUCCAACCGAUGAAGAUAAGGCUGUGUAUUGGCCCAAGGACUCCUCUUCGCUAAGUUCGAGGGGCGAGUUUGCCCUAGAGCCUAGAGUAUUCAUUGAUAGGCCAGCUUGGUUUCUGGAUGGUUGCGUAUGUAUAUUAUCAGCUUGAUAUUUAAGUUACUGACUAUUGCAGCUGGGUUGUAUCGCUGCGGAGGUAUUUAGGCAGAUAGGCAUCAUUUGGUUCUACAAUCAGACUCCCCACAACGGAAGGGCGCAUUUGGAAGGCUUUGCUCUCUGA